CGGGAGAUAGUGGGCGUGACUGAGAACAAGGGACCAUCUUCAAACUGCGUGCCGAGAAAGAGAAGAUGUGAGGGACUGAGGUUGUGAUUUUUAUAUUGCCCACACCUGUUACUAGCCCCAGGUAUGGAAGGUUCCACGAUCGGCUCAGAGUCGUGGAACGCAAUGCGUGUCAAUUCAUCUUGUGUUGGCCGGAAGCCGCGUGACCUAUGAGAAGGAUCAUGUGACUAACCGGAAGUACAGAGAGACGCCGGGAACUGGAUGGAGCGCGGAGAACGACUGUGACGUCCAUGGUGACUUCUACAGAGUUUCUUCAUAUUCCUCCAGUGGAAGUGAGCACACGUGACUUUGAACGGGAAUCCAGAAAACUGAUUUCCCAGGAACUUUAUUGUAGAACACUGGCCAAGUACUGUCGAAAGAAUCAGAUCCCCUGUGGCCUACGUUCAAAUUUACGCCCUACACUAUUCAAGGAUGAUGAGUCCUACUGCAAACAAUAUGAGAGCAUUCUAAACAAAAGUUCGUUCGACUUGAUGGUACUGACCAUCGAUUACUUGAAGAAAUCCAUUAAGGAGACAAGGGAAAAGAUUUCUACAAUUGAACGACAGUUAACUUCCUGCCUACCUAAAGAAGAAUGGACAUCUCUAAAAGUGAAAAUGGAAAAAGUCUUGACGGAAUUUCGAAAGGAAGCUGAGAAGAAGAUAAAGGAGAGCUUCCUCCGAGAUACAGAAGACUACUUGCUCAAUAGAGUAUACAGGUGGCAAGAUCCUCCAUCCAGUAACAUAGGCAAACCAACUUGCACAAAAUGUUUCUCACAAGGUCAAAUCAGCUCUGGGAGUGAAAGUAACUCAAAUAGAAGUAAUCCCUGUGUUCUUCCACAACAGCAAACAUUACACCAACCCAAAUCUCAACUGACAGAUCUGAAGCAGACCCCAGAUAACUGCAUUUUACAGUCAUAUAAGAAGAAAAGAGAUGGGUGUAAUGGAAGGUCUGCAGGCCUUCUGUUAGAGAAUUCACAAAGUUGUGACAAGCUUGCUGUACAGAAAGCUCUGAGCAGCAGUGAAGCUGUCAACAGGUCCUUGUCUGUUUCACAAUCAUAUGUAAAUGAUAAAAUAGGGAUCUUAAUAUUCACAGAAAGCCAUACACGUAAUGAUAACCUAACCACCGCUCCAUCACUGCACCAAACUGUGCCUGAUAAAGGGCUCAGCCAACACCAGAGUAAUUCUAAAGUAAGUGAUGAAGCCAUGGAGACACAGGAGCAGCAGGGUCUUUACUGUAAACCAGAUAACAAAAACAUUUGUAAAAAAGGCACAGAAUCUACAGAUGACAAUGAAAAAUGUAAUUCUGCCAGUGACCAAAAGAAACAAAUUGUCACUUAUCCUGGAAAAAAGCAUUGUACCUGUGUUUCUGACGGUAAUAAUUCUGAUGGUGCAAAUGGUUCACCAAACAUUUCUAUCAAUCAGUUCCCAGAUGCAUGCUCUUGUGUUGGAUUAAAUAAAUGUACAAAACGUGGCAAGACACACUCUAAGCUGUGUAGAAGUAAUCCUCCUGUAGACAAAAAAGGCAAAAUCAUCACCACGAUCAGUGGGCAGUCUGGCAAAGAGCAGCAUUGUACUAGUAGAAAAAAAAGCAAGUUAGGAAAAAAGAUGUCCAAUAACUCUGCAUUUCAAAAGAAAUAUUCAGAAAGGAAAGGUAAAGUCAGGUUUCAAAAGACUUCAUGGAAGCUACAAGAGUGCAACAAGUGCAAAAGGAAGUUCUCCCUUUUGGUUCUCAAAACCAGACAUCAACACAGUGCAAAAGCGUUGAAGUGGAGCGUACAUAUACGCAUCCCUGGACAUAGUAAGACAUGUACGGAGUGUAAAAAAAUAAUCCAUUACAAAAGACUGUCUUCUGGAAAAGAAGCCUAUUCAUGCAAUGAUUGUGGGAAGCCCUUUCUGCAGCGUGAAUUACUUGAUCUUCAUCAUAGGAGCCACAUAGAAGAAAAACUCUUUUUCUGUCCUCACUGUGGGAAGCGAUUUGUCCAGCAUUCACUGCUACUCAUACACCAGAAAACACAUACAGUAAAUAAGCCAUAUCAGUGUAUGGACUGCGGGAACCUGUUCUAUAGUAAAUCAUUAUUUGCAGAGCAUCUUAAGACCCAUAAAGAAAGGAAGCCUUGUUGUUGCCCUGAUUGCGGAAAAUGUUUUGCAGAUAACAGCACACUUAUUAUACACCAGAGAAUUCACACAGGGGAGAAACCAUUCAGCUGCAAAGAUUGUAGCAAAAGCUUUAGUCAACACUCAACUCUGGUGUCCCACCAGCGAAUCCACAGCGGUGAGAAGCCUUACGAAUGUAAGAUAUGCGGGAAGCGAUUUAGAGAUCGUUCCUCCUCGGCCUGUCACCAGAGAAUCCACAAUGGGGAGAAACCCUUUAAAUGUCAGGAGUGCGGCAAGAGGUUUACACAAAGUUGCAACCUGCGCAGACACGAACGUCUUCACGUGGGACAAAAACCUUACCUGUGUACUAAAUGUGGAAAGACUUUCAAUGAGUCUACAAAGCUGAAAUCCCAUGAAAUUGUUCAUCUAAAAAAAGAGAUGGUAAAAAAAGAGGACAAAAUAAAACCUCCUCACGGGACUGAGUGAUUAUAAUGUUUGAUUAUAAAUGUUUACUAUAAAACAUAAUAAAUCAAUUUGUAUGGUU